CGCUGAAAUAAUUUGACCACAAUCUCAACCGCUGCAUUGUGUUGUCAAAUCACAUCUUAUCUUCUGAAUCCAAAAUCAGAAGAUAAGAAAUCAAAUCUUAUGUAGCUUUUUCAUCCCUAUAUAAUCCCACACUACUCAUUCAAACGGAUUACCUCUUCCACACUACUCAUUCAAACUGAUCACAUCUCUUCAACAUAUUUUCAAAACAACUACAUUUUCUUCCAAAUGUCUUCCAGUCGCACUGAUUCAUACUCACUUGAAGAAGAUAUGCACUUGUGCCAUGUAUAUACUGACAUUUCUCAAGAUCCAAUCAUAGGAAGAAACCAAUCACGUAACAGUUUUUGGGCAAGAGUUGAAUCAGAGUACCACAAGAAUGAGAAAUUUAGUAAUCAACCUCGACCAAGAAGAUCUUUGCAAACUCGAAUGACUACCAUUAUUGGUGCAGUUGCAAAAUUAAGGGGAUGCAUCAACCAAAUCCAAAAUAAAAAUCCAAGUGGUGCUUCACAAGAAGAUAUUUUAAAUCAAGCGAAGAUGUUAUUAGCCCAAGAAAAAAAAUAUAGCAGAGGCUUCAAAUUUGAUCAUGUGUGGCCCAUCCUCAAACACAUUCAGAAAUUUACAAGUGAUGACAACAUCAAUGGACCAAGUAGAUUCCAACAAGAUAGUCCUAUUUUACUUCGUCAAAAUCAUCAUCUCACAAUUUUGAUUCUCCGACGUCAGCAUCCACCGGUAUGAGUUCAUUUGAUCUUAAUAUAAAUAAUGAGGAAAUCAUUACUAAUUCAACUGAAAGACCUAUUGGUGUGAAAAAAGC